AAUAAACCACACAAUUAACACGCAUUUCUUCUUUUGCCAAUUGCCUUUGGUUUCUUUCUCAACACAGAGCAGUUUCAACAAGCAAUCUUAUUAUUACCCUCUCUCUCAGCUCUCAGGUGUACCCUGUACAUGCAUUGAAAUUGCUAUCUUCUUCUGCCAAUUCCUCGUGCAUUUAAGACCCUAAACUGAACAAAGCUUAAAAGCAGUUUGAUGGGUAACGCAAAAGUACACUAAAGUUCAUUUAUUUAAGGCUCUGUCAAGUGGGAGUUUUGAAGCUCACAAUUAUGAAACCUUAUCACCUGAGUCUCAGUGUCUAGUAGUAAAGUAAGCCGCAAGAACUGCCCCAUAAGGUGGCGCUGUUCUCUUGUUUCAGAAGGAAGAAAGAAACAAAAACACGAGAUAAGCACACCAGGCUGUCUUGUUUUGGAAGCAGUUACAAGGAACCUUCCCUUAUUUGCUACCACUUUAAAUAUAUCUGCUUUCCUCUCCCUUCUCAGUUAUAAUAACUAAAUCCUCAAUUGAUCACAACACUAAGCAACAUUCUUGCUCUUUUUGUUGUUUUCUUCCACUGUUUGAAAAGAAAAUGUUGCCUCAGAAGCAAGCUGAAGAAGCCAUGAUGUCAAGCCUCACCCAGAUUGAGCUUGAAGAGGAAGAGGAAGUCAAAGGAGAGAGCUCACAUAUUAGCUUAAAAAAUAUUCUCUGGCAUGGUGGUUCUGCCUAUGAUGCUUGGUUCAGCUGUGCCUCUAAUCAGGUUGCUCAGGUUCUGUUGACUCUGCCUUACUCAUUCUCUCAACUGGGAAUGCUUUCAGGCAUCAUAUUCCAAAUCCUCUAUGGCCUGCUUGGUAGUUGGACUGCUUAUUUAAUUAGCAUUCUGUACAUUGAGUACAGAAGCCGGAAAGAGAAAGAGAAUGUCAGCUUCAAAAACCAUGUCAUUCAGUGGUUUGAAGUGUUGGAAGGUUUACUGGGUCCAUACUGGAAAGCUGCUGGAUUGGCCUUCAACUGCACUUUUCUCCUCUUUGGAUCUGUUAUCCAGCUUAUAGCCUGUGCAAGUAACAUUUACUACAUAAAUGACCACUUGGACAAGAGGACUUGGACCUACAUUUUUGGAGCAUGCUGUGCCACCACAGUGUUCAUUCCAUCAUUCCACAACUACCGGAUUUGGUCCUUUAUUGGGCUUGGCAUGACCACAUACACUGCUUGGUAUUUGACCAUUGCAGCACUUGUUCAUGGCCAGGUUGAAAAUGUGACCCAUUCGGGCCCAAACACGUUGGUUUUGUAUUUCACAGGCGCCACCAACAUACUAUACACUUUCGGCGGGCACGCCGUCACAGUGGAAAUCAUGCAUGCAAUGUGGAAGCCUCAGAAGUUCAAAUAUAUAUAUCUUUAUGCAACCCUAUAUGUGUUCACCCUCACAAUACCAUCUGCUACUGCCGUUUACUGGGCCUUUGGUGACCAACUUCUGAAUCAUUCCAAUGCCUUCUCACUCCUCCCCCGCUCUGGCUGGCGUGACACCGGUGUCAUUCUCAUGCUCAUUCACCAGUUCAUAACGUUCGGGUUUGCUUGUACGCCAUUAUAUUUCGUGUGGGAGAAAGUGAUAGGAAUGCAUGACACAAAGAGCAUAUGUUUAAGGGCUGUGGCCCGGUUACCUGUGGUGAUACCAAUAUGGUUUUUGGCAAUUAUUUUCCCAUUUUUUGGGCCCAUUAAUUCAGCUGUGGGGGCCCUUUUGGUCAGCUUCACCGUUUACAUCAUCCCUGCUUCGGCCCAUAUGCUGACUUACAAAUCUGCCUCCGCAAGACAGAAUGCCGUGGAGAAAUUGCCCUUCUUUAUCCCUAACUGGACAGUGAUGUACGUGGUGAAUGCGUUUGUGGUGGUCUGGGUUCUAGUUGUGGGCUUUGGAUUUGGAGGAUGGGCCAGUAUGACAAACUUCAUCAAGCAAGUUGACACAUUUGGAUUGUUUGCCAAGUGUUACCAAUGCCCCCCAAAAGUCCUUCCCUCCAACCACACCUUACAUCACUGAAAAUUAUGAUCCUUAAUUUGUAUAUAGGGUGGCAUCACCAUCUCCCCCUUGUGUGGUGGUGUGUGCUGUAUUAUCCCUAUUCUUUUUUCUUGUUUAAUCUUCAUAUAGACACACAACUGUGAACGCCCAUGUUCCCUUAUGUA